GGCUACACUAGUUUACAAUCCCACCAACAGUGCAUGAGGAUUCUCAUUUCUCUACAUCCUGGCCAGCACUCGUUAUUUGUUGAUUGGUUAAUAAUAGCCAUUUUGACAGGUGCAAGUUGAUAACUCAUUGUGGUUUAAUUUGCAUUUCUCUCAUGAUUCAUGGUGUUGAGCAUCAUUUCAUGUGUGUUGGCCAUCUGUAUGUCUUCUUGGGGAAAAUGUUUGUUCAGGUCUUGACAUUUUUAAUUAGAUUUUUUGGGGGAGGGUAAGCUGUAUGAGUUCCUUAUAUAUAUUGGAUGUGUCAUUGGCAAAUAUCUUCUCCCAUUCAGUAGGUUGUCCUUUCAUUUUGUUGGCGGUUCCUUUUCAUUUUCGUUUGAUAAAGUCCCAUUUGUUUUUCUUUUGUUUCCCUUGCUCGAGAUAUACCCAGAAAGAUACUGCUAAGAGCAGCGUCAAAAAGAGUUUACUACCUAUGUUUUCUUUUAGCAGUUUAAUGGUUUCAGGUCUAAUAUUUAAGUCUUUAAUCCAUUUUAAGUUUAUUUUUGUAUGUGGUCCAUUUCCAUUUUUUUGUAGGUAUCCAGUUUGCCAUCACCACUUGUUAAAGAGAUUGUCUCUGCCCCAUUGUGUAUCCUUGCCUCCCUUGUCAUGGGAUUCAUUGACCAUUUAGGUGAGAAUUUAUUUCUGGGCUCUAUUCUAUUCUGUUGUCCUUUUUGUGCAAGUACCACUGUGUGGUUAUUGUAGCUUUGUAGUGUAGUGUGAUAUCAGGGCGCAUGUACUUUUCCACUUUGUUCUUUCUUAAGGUUUCUUUGGUUAUUUGGGGUCUUUUGUGGUUCCAUUUAAAUUUUAGGAUUAGGUUUUCUAAUUCUGAAGGGAUGCCAUUGGUAUUUUAGUAGGGGUAGCAUUGAAUCUGUGUAUUGCUUUAGGUAGUAAGGACAUUUUAGCCACAUUUAUCCUUCCAGUGCAUGAGCAAGGUGUAGCCUUCCAUUUAUUUGUAUCUCCUUCAGUUUCUUUCUUCCCUGUCGAGUACGUACAGGACUUUCACCUCUUCCGUUAAAUUUAUCCCUAGAUAUACUUCUCAUGCAAUUGUGAAUGGAUUGGUUUCUUAAUUUCUACUUCUGGUCAUUUGUUAUUGAUGUAACAGAUUUCUAUAUAUGGAUUCUGUAUCCUACAACUUUACUGAAUUCAUUUACUCUAAUAGUUUUUUGGUGGGAUCUUUAGUUUCCAUAUGUAGUAUGGUGUCAUCUGCUGACAUAACUUUUUAAAGGUACAUGUGGAACUGAGAAGACCAGGAGAGUCCAGGCAUGAGAUGAUGGUGCGCUUGGUCUAGCUGGGCAGCAGUGAAGGGAGGGAGAAGUGGCCACCUGUGGUCAGCAGGGGUUGUUGAUGGGUUAGAUGUGGAGUAUACAACCUAGAUUCCAGUGCUUUUUAAAGGCCUAAGCAACUGAAAGAAUGGAAUUGCAUUUACUGGGAUGGAGAGGAAUAGGUUUUGGGAGGGAAAAAUCAAGAGUUUGGUUUUGGAAAUGAUGGUCUGAGAUGUCUAGUAGACAUCUAGGUGGAACUGUGAUGUGCUUUAUCAGGAAGAACUAAAUAGGAAACCAUUUUAGCAAAAUAUUCCUGAUAUUUAUAUGUGUUAAUUAGAAGUUUAACUCCAUUACAAAUAUUUUCAGCACCCUCUGAGGCUCACUCAUGAGCCCUCACCUUUUUGUGCCUCACUUCAGCCCUCAUCGAUGCACACUGAUGAAUCUUUAACCCUAAAACCCUUGGACAGCAGGCCAUUUUCAGCAACAAUUAGGACAUUUUGGGUUUGUCCUGUCUCAGUUCAUGUACUGUUCUUAAGCCCCAUUUACCUCAGUCUGGACCAUGUGAUAGAAGCCUCUAGUUCUGUAGGAACAGCAGUUCUGUUCUUCAGAACCUGCAGUAGCUCCGUUGUGUUACAGAACUCAACUCCUGUGCCCCAGCCGGCCUUGCUUCCUUGUGCCACCCACUCCACCAGCUAGGUUCCUGAACAUCCAUGCAUGCAUGUGUUCUUUCCCUCGUUUCUUCUAGCCCAGGUGCCUCACCACUAAUCCUAGUCCUUUCCUCAAGCCCAUAUCCACCUCUCUUUAAAGCCACCUGUCCAACAAUCUCUUCUGACCACUUAAUGUAUAUUUUCAUAUUUGGUGAUAAUCCAUUUGCCACUCUUCUUGGUCCAUCACAGAGCCUAUGGAAACUGUGGAGUGGACAGAUUCAGUGUGAGGUCUAGAUGUGUGCCUCUUUGGUGAAAUUAUAUAACUACUCUGAGCUUCCAUUUCCUCAUCUGUUAAAAAAAGCAGUGAGGAGACCUGGACUGUUGUGAGGAACAGGUGAAAAUGCUCUGAAAAAUAUUGGGCAUUAUGAAGACAAAAGUUACCAAAAUACAUCAAAACUAGCUUCUCAUAAGCACAGAUAAUGUCAUUCCUUCUUUUCUAGCCCCUUGGUGUCUGUUACAUAAUGAAUAAUUAUUUGAUUGAAUGAAAAACAAAAAUGAUAAAUCUUGAUUCGCUCAUGUAUCAAAGAUACUUCUUGACUGCUGUUUUCAACAGGCAGUGAUUGUGUUUUGCUCUGUAGCAAAAACAAGACAACGGGUGAUAGAAGGGUCGGUUUCUUUGUUCUCAUGCAGGAAAUGCUCCGCUGAAGAAGCAGAAGGCAGUCAGAUGGUUAUGUUGCCCCCCCCCUUUUUUUUUUUUUAACUUAAUAGCUGAGGUCAGAGUGGAGAGUCCCCACCAAGACUGUACCGCUCAUUCUGCUCAGAGUUGCCCAUUUACUUCCUUCUACUCAGCUGAACCCUCAACUCUAUAGCCUUUUCCAGGCUGUUCUCGUUCAACACAGAAGUGACUGCUCUCCGAUGCGGGCCCCCACGGUAGCCCUGACAGGCUUCUGCCACAGCUCUCACAAUGCUUGAUUGCAUUACUGUUUCAAGUUCUCUGUGAGCUCCAGCCCUCCCUCUCCCCAUGUGAAAUCUUUGAGGGCGGAGAAUAUGUCUUUUUUUAUCUUUAUAUUCCAAGCAUCUAGCGCUGUGGUAAUGAAUGAAUCAUAACUUCAUGAAAUGUGUUGGUUAUAAUUACUUACCUUUUAUAAAAAGAAAUACUUUGCUUUUUGGAGCAGAGACUAAAGAAUAAAAAUAGAUGGAAAGUAUACUCUGGGAUUAUUUCUAUUUAUUGUCGUAAAUAGCCAAAAUAAAGCUUAAAAAGCAGCAGCUGAUACAGAGCAGCGCAGUGCAGGUGCGGCAUGAGAAUUACAGUUCCCGCUUGGCUGGCUGUGGCCACCUUCUCAGCUCAGGCUUUGGAAGCUGAGUGGAAAUGUUUGUGUUUUUCAGAAGUCGGAGCCUCAUUCUCUUAGUAACGAUGCACUAAUGAGGAGGGCUGUGUCUCUGGUAACAGAUAGCACCUCCACCUUUCUCUCUCAGACCACAUAUGCAUUGAUUGAAGCCAUCACAGAAUAUACGAAGGCUGUUUAUACCUUAAUUUCUCUGUAUCGACAAUAUACCAGUUUACUGGGGAAAAUGAAUUCACAGGAGGAAGAUGAAGUGUGGCAGGUGAUCAUAGGAGCCAGAGUUGAGAUGACUUCAAAGCAACAAGAGUACCUGAGGUUGGAGAGCACCUGGAUGACUGCAGUUAGUCUUUCAGAGAUGGCAGCUGAAGCUGCGUACCACACCGGAGCAGAUCAGGCCUCUAUAACCGCCAGGAGUCACAUUCAGCUGGUGAAGUCGCAGGUGCAGGAGGUCCGCCAGCUCUCCCAGAAAGCGGAGACCAAGUUGGCAGAAGCACAGACAGAAGAACUCCGUCAGAAAACACAGGAGGGGGAUGACAGGGCUGAGCCAGAGCAGGAGGCCUACCUGCGUGAGGAUUGAGGGCCUGAGCCACUGCCCAUGUCUGCCACUCAGCCUGGGGUCGGCACAGCUUUCUCUGCAGGGAGAGGAGGCAGCAGGUCCUGCCCUGGCCCAUUAGGCGGAGGCCUUUGUGAGCUGUGAGUGCCUGGCCCCUUCCCCCCAGUCUAGGCGCGUACUGGACCUGUUUCUUAUCCUGGGGCGCUGCACCCCACUCAGCACAGCUGCCCUCUCACCCACCGAUCUUUUUACUUCCCACACAGGGCAUCUCACCCACCUGGCCAGAGCAAGUCCUUUUCUCAUGCCCACAAGUUCAGUAGCCGUUUUAACCUCAUUUUCUAGUCUUAUUCAAAUAGGAUUUAGUAUUUGCUCCCUUCAUAGGAAUGAGUUUUGAGGGGAGAGAGGAGUCUGUCCUGUUUGCAAGAUUUAUUUUUUAGUGCUUCUAAUGUCUUCUCUGAUCUGGCCCCACUGCCCUAUAAGGACAGCCCAGGCCAAGGAGCCAAAAGUCCAUUCAUAUUCUUAAGGGACUGGUACUGUCAACAGGACUUACUCCAACACAUGCUUCUUAUGUCCUUUCCUUUGAGUUUCUCUAUUGUAUCUAAGAAUAAUUUUUUUGCAUUUAAAAAA